GACUUUUUGUAAAACCGCCUCACCGUCACUUGGCAAUUCCACGUCGACCUCAACAUGUUCCGAUGCAUCUUCAAAAUCGCACGCGAGUUGCCGCAAAAAGUGUGCGUGUAUAUAAAUAUACUUAUAGUUCAACGUUUCAACACGUGCUCGAAGCGUGUACCUCGUCCGCUUGUCGAAUUGUAUUGUAUUUCACGGCCGCUUCUCGCGGUGUCGACCAAGCGUUCUCACUAUUACCCGACUGUGAAAAGCGGAACUUUUCAGCAUUUUCCAAAUAAUUAUAUUGCUUUAACACGAACACGGUUAAGUAAUUGAUACUCGACUAUACGAGCAAACACGAGGUGUGGGAUACUUGUGGCCAUAUAUAACGUGAAAACGAGCUAACGACGCUUAGGCCCCCUGUACUGGGCUCUGACAAGCUACCAAGAUGCCCACGGAAAAUCACCCACUAUAUUCUCUGCGUCUCUGGACUCUGCCUGUGCCUGAUGAGACAGUUUAUUUUUUUCUUUUUUCGAGUGGAACUAUAGAACUUCAUUGUGUCUUUUUAAAGUCGCAAAAUGGAGUAUAAAUCGCCGGCGAAAGGUCCGUCGAACGAAGAAGUCAUCAAGGAGUUGACGAAGGAUCUAGAAAAGUCGUGUGUGCGCGAGGAAUGUGUAAAUAAGGACCGUGAGCAGCCCUACGAUAUUAAUAACGACGAUGACAAGACGAAAGAGGAUGAUGAUUGUAGUUCCAAGGCCUGUGAGGUCGACGAAAUUCAGAAUGAUUUGGAAGAGGAUGAGUAUUUUGUCGACGAGGUUGCUUUGAAGGAUAGGGAUUUGGAACUUACAGAGGAGCAAAGACAGGAGUUGAAAAUUCAAUCCGAACAUCUUAAGAGUAAGGGUAAUAGUUUAUUCCGUGAAGGAGAGUAUGUUAACGCAACGUUUACUUACACAGAAGGUUUGCGCACAUGCCCUUUGAUCUUUGAGAAAGAGAGAGCCAUUCUCUUUGCCAAUCGAGCAGCAGCCAAAGCCAAAUUUAUGCCAGAUAAGAUUUCAGCAAUAGCAGACUGCACAAAAGCAAUAGAAUUAGAUCCAGUUUAUGUGAAAGCCUAUCUGAGAAGAGCUCACUUUUACGAAGAAGCAGAUAAACUUGAUGAAGCCUUAGCAGAUUAUAAAAAAGUCUUGACUUUUGAUCCUGCCCACACGGAAUCGAUUUGUGCCAUAAAGAAAUUAGAACCAAUGAUACAAGAGAGAAAUGAAAAAUUGAAAGAAGAGAUGCUUAGCAAAUUAAAAGAUCUUGGAAACAUGAUUCUCAGACCUUUUGGUUUGUCCACAAAUAAUUUUCAGAUGCAGAAAGAUGAAUCAAGUGGUGGUUAUUCAGUGAAAUUUAAUCAGAAUCCUACAUAAACAAUGUUCAUUCAAUAAAUGUGAAUUUUAUUCACUCAUAAGGUAAAAAUUAUGCUGUAACAUUCGUACUCUGUUCAUAAAAAUAUAAAUGCAUUACUGCGUGAUAAAGACUUUUAACAGGUUCAUUUAUAAAAAAAGAACAACUAAACGAAUGCUACAAGAUUUCUGUAAAUGUUUUUGUUGAUGGCUUAGUGGAGAUUCGACUUAGCCCGUUUCACAAAUAAGCCUUUCCACGUUGGCAGGAUGAUAUUAUAAGUUUUUAUAAAUACAUAUGAAAAAAAUAAAUUAAAAUCGUAAUUGUGCAUAAAGCGUUCGUAUUUCAUGUAAAUAAAAAACUUCAAUAACAA